GUGAAGCAAAGUUGUAAGUUUUGGACUGUGGAGCGCCGCGCCGUCAAAGCGGCAAGCGCAGUUAUUGAUAAUUGAAUUAUUAUUUAGUGUAUCAUCUGUCUAAAUAAAAGGAAUUUUUUUAAAGUACUGCUCUCCUUUAAAAUAUUCAUAUUACUUAAAUAUUAAUUCACUGAUGCCAGAUUCUUUUAACUUUAAACUGCUAUAACUCUUAAAGUAGGGUCAUGCCUCCUGCAAAAGAUGAAAUGAUGCGAGAAAUUAAUUGUUUAGACCUUAACAUCAAUGAAAAAAGUCCUGCGAAAAAUAGUGUUCUAGUUGAUGUUAGAGCUUGUAACAAGCCAGCAGCAAAGGUAUGGUUCCGGGGUGUGCGAAGCUCCAAAUUCCGGCACGUAUAUGGAGUCCCGUUCAAACGCGAGCGAUGCUACGAUAAUAUAAAAAUAACGAGGAACGCUCACGACUCCAACUUUUGUGCGGUCAACCCAAAGUUUGUGGCCAUCGUCACUGAGGUCGCCGGUGGAGGAGCAUUCCUCGUACUACCUCUGGAUCAUACCGGGCGGCUGGAUUUCAACGCGAGCCGCGUGACGGGUCACAAGGGCCCCGUGUUGGACAUCAAGUGGAACCCCUUCAACGACAACAUCAUCGCGUCGUGCUCCGACGACUGCACGGUGAAGCUAUGGCACAUUCCCGACGGCGGUUUGUCGAUGCAUCUGACAGAGUGGCUCGUGGAACUGCACGGUCACAAGCGGCGAGUGGCUUACGUCGAGUGGCACCCCACGGCAGAGAACAUCCUGCUCAGCGCGGGAUUCGAUUACCUGAUAUUCGUGUGGGACGUCGGCAAGGGUGAGGCGGUGAAGAUAAUAGACUGCCACAGCGACGUGAUCUACUGCAUGUCGUUCAACCGGGACGGAUCACUGCUGGCCACCACCUGCAAGGACAAGAAGCUGAGGAUCAUAGAGCCCAGGCGGGGAAUCGUGCUUUCCGAAGGCCAAUGCCACAGCGGCACCAAGGCGUCGAAGUGCACGUUCCUGGGCAACCAGGGCAGAGUACUGACCACGGGCUUCUCUAGAUACAGCGACCGACAGUACGCCGUGUGGGAGCAGCACGAUCUCAGUAAACCGUUAGUCUGUGAGACCAUUGACAGCUCUUCUGGCGUUGUCUUUCCCUACUACGACUAUGAUACCAACAUGGUAUACCUGGCAGGGAAAGGAGAUGGAAAUAUCCGUUACUACGAAGUGGUCGAUGAUGCGCCCUAUGUGCAUUUCCUCAACCAGUUUCUGUCCGGCAAUCCGCAGCGUGGGCUGGGGUUCAUGCCGAAGCGUGGCGUGAGCACGUCUUCGUGCGAGGUGUUCCGCUUCUACAAGCUGCACACGGCGCGUGGGCUGUGCGAGCCCAUCGCCAUGGUCGUGCCGAGGAAGUCCGACUGCUUCCAGGAGGACCUAUACCCAGACACGGCGGCGCCGCAGCCCGCUCUGAGCUCUAAAGACUGGCUCAGUGGUAUGAACGCACCGCCCUUACUCAUCAGCAUGAAAACUGGUGUGACGAUUUCAACCCACAAGCCGCGAAUGAGCAACAAGGACGCGCCGGCAUUGCAGCCACAAGACGCUAACAACCGAAAGAAGUUCGCAUUCCUGUCGCGGGAGACCACGCCAGACUAUCGCCCGCUGGGCACCUGGCACCAUGAGAACCACCUCAACGACAACGAUCAUGUACACGCAAUGGACAAGAGUCAGAAGACGAGCGCGAACCAAAGUAUGAAGUUCCACCAGCUGCAGCGAAUGUUCGGCAAACAGAGCGAGGACAUGGAACCCGUGCCACUCUACAAGCAGAUAACACACGGUGACGUCUUCACCACUGAACACGAGCUGCGGCUUGCAUUCAACCGCCAAGGCGAAGAGCUGCGUAUCGUGAAACGUCAACUGCAGAACAGUCAGCAACGAGUGCGUGAGCUUGAGCAACACAUUGCAAUGCUGCAACGUGACAACUAACUACGUUGCUGUUUCUCUGUCUGCAGCUAGCUUCCGACGCUAAAAGUGUUUGUUUUCGAAAUGUGAGUCAUCCUUGCUUUAUUUAUUAUCUAAGCCUAAAAUAAUUUGGAUAUGUGAUAGGUGGUGAAUCAUGAUAAUUUGUUAGAUUAAGUGAUUGAGGGAAAGUUAUUGUGAAUAUUUGAUGUGGAUGUUCAAGUAUCAAUGCUUAGAUUAAGGAUUGGUCUCCACUACACUCUAACUACAUACCGCACUACCUAAAAACAAUAGCUUUUUAUAUUACAUUUAACUAUUACAUGCUUGUAUGCGUAGCAUCUUGACACUCAAUGGCACCUUUCAAAUUUUGUAACAUACGCAUUGUUUUAGUUUACAUUGAAAUUAAUAAAAUACAAAAUCCUUACAGAUAAUAUGUGAUCCCAGUGUCUUUCUUAUUUCAUGUAGUAUUAUUUUAUCAAAGUUUUACAUUCUAUUUUAGUUUCAAUUAUUAUAAGCGAAGUUUAACAGAGUAUGUAACACGUCAACGUCACACAUUGUUCGGUACUGGCUCGAGUACGCCCACUUGCGCGUAGUAUUAGUUGGAGUGCAGCGGAGACCAAUCCUUAAUCUAAGUAUCAAUGUAAUUGAAAUGCGGGCGUUUCGUCAAUGUUAAUGACAUGGUAAUAUAUUUCCAUAGACAAUAAUAUGUCAACAAGGAGCCGCAGUUAUAAGUUUACUCAUUUUAAUAUUUACGCUCAAUGUUCAAUGCAUUUUUUAUAUAAUAUGAAGCCUAAAAAUGAACAAGUAUUAACAUUGUAAACGAAAUUUAUGGAAUUGUAAAAUCAUUUUGUGGCUGGCCCCAUUAGUUGUGCCAAUAAUUUGCUUGGCGGCUAACUCGUGAUGUAAUACAUUAAUCAGCUUUUAAAAUGUAUUUGUAAUUGUUGUACUUUUACCUAUAUUAUAGUUUAUUGACUAAAUUGGCCUUAAAUUUGGGAUACAACUUUAUGUUUUUCUCUUGUAUAAGUAAAAGUAUGCAUUAAUUGAGUAGUUUUAUAAAUUUUCUUUUAUACUUUUUUUACCACAUGUUUAUGGUAUAUACUAUAUUUGUAAUUAAAUUUUAUCAUCAAAAUUAAUCAUUCCAAUUAAUUAAUUUUAUGCUUUGAUUUUUUACGUACAUUUCGUAUGAUAUUUUAUUAUUAUAAUUAAGUGUAAAAUAUAUUUUACUGUGUGAUCAUGACAUACGUUAGAACAUUAUUUUUUAAUGUGCAAUAAUUUCAGGGAUAUUGUGUUUGAUUUUGGCACUGUUUUGAAAUGCACAUAGAAGUAUUAUUUUUUAUUUGAUAAAAACACUUUUGUUAGUGAGUGUACGCAAGUCUGAGUUCAUUUUAGUGUUAAUGUUUGUGUUACUUAUGUUAAGUUUGUAUGGAUUGUUAAGUAAUGCUUGCUGUGGGAUCUUAUAGUGAUUUUAAUGAUGUAAGACGUGAUAGAAUUUAAGAACUGUAAUUGUUUCAUCUAUAAGAAAUAGCUUAUUUCAUGGCCUUAAAUAGACGUGUGGAAUUUCUAGUAUUUCUCGAUAGCAAGAAAAUAUUAUGUUGAAUGGCAGCUGAGACGUCGUAAACCCAGUAAAUUCACAGAAAAGCAAUCAAUGAUAUUAUAUAUAGAGGGGCAUUUUUUAUUACACACGUUGCAUGACUCGAAAAGCUUCCUUGUUGUCGUAGGUCAUAUUUUGGCAGUGAAUUAAGCUGUAUUUUUUUUUCUUAUUGUUUUAAUCAAUAAUCAAAUCGGUGUACUGCGCGGAACACAUAUCGGUUGUUUCAUGGGUAUAAUACAACAUACAUCUAUAUAAUAAUAUCACUGAUUGCAAACUGCGACUUUCUAUUGAUUGUCAUAUAUGAGAUCAGUUAUGCCAAAUUGUACCAUAAUCAAGUUAUUUAACUUACUUUUGAUCAAAAUUCCGUUUAAAUAAAUAAAGCGUGACACCUUCGUUGAUCAAGUGACAGGUUCUUGUGUUCGUCUCCCGCCUUCUACUUCCGCGACUACCGUGUUAUACGUGUGUCUAUGCGUUGCGUGAUGAAUUACUUAUUUUUUUUUUUGUUAAGUCCAUUAACGUAUGUUAUUAAUGUUAUUUUUUUUGAAGUGAAAACUUUUUCAGCUUUAUUCGUUGUUAUUUGAAAGUCGAUGAAACGAAAAAGCGAGACAGUAAAAAGAGACAGACAUAAAUUCAUAAGAUUUCGUGGGAGAAUAACAUAGUUUAUUGGUACCAGGCGAUCAUAGUUGAAGAAGAGAUUGUCUUAUGUAUGACGCGAGAAUGCCUUAAUAUAUUCUGACGUUAUGCGCAAGACGUAUUACUGUAUAGACACCAGGAGAACAUAAAUAUGGUAGCGGUAAUAGCGGUCUUAAAUAGCGGUUGAAAUUAUGUGUCAACCUAGCAACGCGUACCAGGACUUCAUAUGCAGUUUAGAGGUUCAGGCACAAGGUUUCACUUCUGACGUUUGUACUUUAACGCACGCAGUUUUUUUCGUCACCGUUUUUAAGCGGAAUUGUAAUGUAUAACGUAAUGUAUAAAGCAAUAAAAUUUUAU